CGUACUCUAAAAUCAGAGCAUUUUUCACCAUCGUACACUGCUCCGACUGGAACUGGUCUCACCGAAAAAAGUGAUUGUGAACAAAUUCUGGUUUUACAUAAUAUAGCUUUCCCUUCACAAAAGAGUAAGGGAUAAUCAGGGUCCUUAGAAUUCUUAUUUUUUUGGGUUGACCUUAGAAAUAGUCAAUGUCGUUACAACCGACCAUAUUACUAUCCCCUCCUAAAAAAAGGAAAUCAUAUUCACACCCAGAAAGGCUAUCGACGGCCGACAAAAACAUCACACAUAGACAUUCCGCGGAUUUUGGUACUUCGCUGGAUCAAGACAAUGGAGCUAAUUUCGUGCCAACAUUAGAGCAAGACGGCCCAGCAUGCCCUCGCAACCUUGGUGGUAGAACCCGAAGUAACCUCUUGCUACACUUUAAAUCAGUGUUGCCGUGGACAGACAGCGGUCUUUGGACCCCACCAGAAUCUCGACGAAACUCCUCUCUCAUACCAUCACAGCAAAAUAAGGCAGAAUAUGAUGGAAGUAAAGCCAGAAAACCUCUUCCUCCAUUCCCAAUUGAAGAAAAUGUAGAGAACCGAGCUGCAGAACCUGAUUUUAACAGCUCGAAGGUUCGAUCUGUUGGUGGACGACAGUUCCUAAACAAUACAGAUGCCUUAUAUUCGCUACCUAUUGAUGAAGAUGAGAUUGAUCGAAUGCAAACAGAGCACUUUAUGUUGAAGGAAUUAUUAAGCGGUCUUUUGUAUCACUCGCCCGUCACUGAAGUUCUCGCUGAAGGAGCGUAUGUGUUGGACCUCGGUUGCGGAUGCGGAUCAUGGUGCAUGGAAAUGGCAACACUUUUCCCAAAAUCCAACUUUGUAGGAUGCGAUAUUGCUACCUUAUACCCGACAUCCAUAACACCCGAAAAUUGUCGGUUUGAGCACUGCGAUGUCACCAAAAGGCUCCCGUACAACGAUGAUAGCUUCGAUUUUGUCAUUUCCAGAAAUAUGGCACUGGCUGUACGGUUUGACAGUUGGCAAGAUUACGUCGAUGAAAUGAUCAGAGUGUCCAGACCAGGUGCAUACAUCGAAAUUAUUGAACUGGACUGGGAUAUAAAGAACAAGGGGGUCAACAUGUCAUAUUGGAAUCUUGCGAUGCUCAAAUUGUGGAGGAAACGAGGUGUUAAUCCACGGGUUGCCAGGCUAUUACGGAAUUAUCUAUCCAACAUGAGCGAUCUCAAUGUAUCCUAUAUCUCCAUGCCAAUAGGAGACUGGGGUGGGCAACUUGGAAGUUGUAGCUGGGACAUGUGGAAGCGACUGAUGAAUGCGGCUAUGCCUUUUUACAUGAGUCGGACCGGGCUUACAAAAGAGGAAUAUGGCAGGCUAGUAACCCAAUGUCUUGAAGAUACCCACGUCACUCAUAGUCACUGCAACUAUUGGUUCUACUGUGGCAGGCCACUGAAAAAGGUGACCUAAAGUAUGCGAUGAAAGGAGGAGGCAAAGGAGUUCAUGCUCCACUUCAGCCUCACUCCCCCCCUAUCAACGAAUGCUUGAGCCAAGGAGAACUCCUGAACUGGAUCGGCAAAAGAUUUCUUUAUGGGCGUUGCAGGGUAAAAGUCACAGUUUCUCAUCUCGCCAUGGCCCCAUGAACAGAAUGGCGAUCUCCACGAGAGAAGGUUGUGACACGAAUAAAAAAAAAAACC